AUGGAGAAAGUCGAUGUUCUCAUUUGCGGCAGCGGGUCUGCCGGUCUUUGCGCUGCCACUUGGCUCGCCAAGUAUGGGGUGCGGUGCAAGGUACUAGAACGGCGGGAUGGUCCCAUGAAGAUGGGCCAAGCUGACGGGGUACAAUGCCGCACCGUGGAAAUUUUUGAAAGCUUCGGAAUUGGGGAGGAGCUUCUUCGUGAGGCUUACCACGUUCUAGAGGUCAACUUCUGGGCCGACAAUGGCACAGGCGCCAUCGAGCGGACAGGCUGGACGGCGGAUACCCAGCCGGGUCUAUCACACCAACCUCACGUUAUUUUGAAUCAGGCACGUAUCAACGGGCUCCUCAUAGACCUAAUGCAGAAAUAUAAUGAUCAACAAAUCGACUAUGGCUAUAAUGUGACCAAUGUCAAAGUUGAUAGCACCUUCGCUGAGGAUCAUGAUGCCUAUCCUGUCAAAGUCACUGCGGAAAAGGAUGGAAAGACAGAAAUCUUUGCAGCCAAAUAUGCAUUGGCUUGUGAUGGGGCACACAGCAUUGUCCGCAAAGCCCUCGGGUAUAAAAUGAUCGGAGACAGCAGCGACGCUGUCUGGGGUGUCAUGGACAUGGUGCCCCGAACGGAUUUCCCGGACAUUCGCAAGAAGUCUACUAUUCGCUCGAAAUCAGGGAAUGUCUUGAUUAUUCCCCGUGAAGGCGAUAGCGAUAACCUGACAAGGUUCUAUAUUGAACUUGCUCCAGGAACCAACCCGAAAGAGGUGACUCUAAAUAAUUUGCAGGCCCAAGCACAGAGCAUCUUCCACCCUUACAAGGUAGAAUUUGUGGAAACGAUUUGGUGGUCUGCAUAUGCCAUCGGCCAGCGUCAUGCCGAUUUCUUUCACAAGGAUCACCGGGUCUUUCUCGCUGGUGAUGCUUGCCACACCCACUCUCCGAAAGCCGGCCAAGGUAUGAAUGUCAGCUUACAGGAUGGCUACAAUAUUGGCUGGAAGCUCGGGGAGGUUUUGACUGGUCUAGCUAGUCCCUCGCUUCUAGAGACUUACGUUAUAGAACGUCAAAAGGUGGCCGUUGAUCUGAUUAACUUUGACCGUUACUUUUCCAAUUUGUUUUCUUCUGGGGCCUCAACAUCUCCUGCCGAGUUCCAGGAAGGCUUCAUCAAGUCUGGCAAAUAUACAGCAGGUUUAACAGCCAAGUAUGAGGUGUCGUCCAUUACAUCUUCAUUGGAAUCGACCAACCUCGCUUCUAACGUGGCCGUUGGUAUGCGGAUGCCCAGCGCGCAGGUCGUGCGAUUCUGUGACUCCAAACCUCUACAUCUCAUGAAAUCUCUCAAGUCAGAUGGCCGGUGGCGUAUCAUGGCUUUCGUGGGUGACCUGACUGUACCAGAAAACCACACAAAGCUCAACCAGCUGGGAGAAUACCUGACCGUGGCGGAUGGGCCCAUCCAGACAUUCACUCCUGAGGAUCAAGACAUUGACAGCCUGAUCGAGACUAUUUUGAUCGGGUAUGGAAAUCGUCAUGGUAUUGAGUUGGAGCAAAUCCCGGAAUGCUUUUAUCCAGUCUCUGGGAAAUACCAAACAAGAGAUCUACACAAGAUUUAUUACGACGACGAGAGUUACAACAAUGGGCACGGCCAUGCAUACGAGUAUCUCGGCAUUGAUGCGGCACAGGGUGCUCUUAUCAUUGUUCGGCCGGACCAAUAUGUUUCUGCUAUUAUUGGUCUAAGCGAUUAUUCUGAAAUCGGCAACUUCUUUGCUGGGUUUCUCCAACGUCAAACGUACGUUGCGAAGGAUACGAAGGACACACCUAAAUAA